CUGUAGUAAUUACAUAUUAAUUAAAUUCAAUCGGAGCUCUCCGAUCAGAGACAGACAAAAACAGUGUGGGAAGGGCGACCCCUCCUCCUCCCUUGCUCACAACUGUGCGCGUCACGGCCGAGGUUUCACACUUGAGAGCUACGAAGGAGUACGUUUGACAUAAAGAGCGGCAUUCCGAUCAACCGCAGCCUAUACUGUAUUUUACACGCGUGCCUAAGUGCGCCCUAAGCGCGGGAUUUUAAAACUUCCGCCGCCUGUGCGCAGUCGAUGAAGUCAUCUGUGGGCUGCGGAGCAGCGACUUCCGGUUGAGCGUGGCUGUUACAUCGGGAACAAUAGAAAACUGGGCGAAAUAGCGAGAUAGGAAGAAACGACAUAAAUAAGCACGCGUGUGUUUGUUCGACACAUGCAGAAGGUCUGUCAUGACAGUGCUUUCCAGUCGUAACGAGGCUGUUUAACUCGGCCGACUUAAGCGAACAUGAGAGCGGAGGCUGAGGCCGAGGGUUUGCAGUGCCGCAGCUACUAGCUCGCUACUGCACAAGGAAGGAGAAGCGAGGAAAACGCGCUACUUAGUAAAAAUCACUUAUCCAGUACAGCUUCCCAGUGGAGUGGAGUGGAGUGGAGCCAAGCCCAGUGAGUACAGAGCUCAAGGUAGUCUGCACCCUGGAUGGGGCACAGGUCCAUCACAGUACAGUUACAUGCACACUCACCCUCUCAGAUAAGUGGAAUCUCUGUUCUUACAAUAUCAACGGCAGCAUCUUUAAAACCACAAAAAGAAGGGUAAACACAACCUACAAUGCUGGAAGAGGAAGAAGAUGACCGGUGUACUGUUGCUGAGAAGAGACAAGGAGACACCGAUAACAGUGGAACACCAGCAAGAGAGAUUGAAAUGCUAGCCACAACGGCUAUGAAACCAUCGGUAGUCCCUUCUCAGGGGUUUCUACCCACUGCAAACCGCCAAAUUCCUAAACAACGGAGGGGUCGUCCCAAAAAGGUUGUAGAAAUCAAGAAGGAACUUGUGGCCGAGGAGCAUAGUAUUAAAAUAUCAAUGAAUGCCAUUCAGCAACAGCACACAGAUUCAACAAAAGCUUUGGAGAAUGGAAACCCUUUUCACCACCUUCUGAAAGGGAUCAGUAGAAAAGAGCAAACAUUAUUUUCAUGCGCUACAGCUGAAAAACACAGUGAUUCAUUUGUUGCUUGUGGAGUAAGCAGAGAUGAGCCAGUAAUGUCAGAGAGAACAGAAACAACCCUCCUCAUGCAAGAUAACUGUCUGCCUCCAAAAACUAUGCAUCACAGUCACUUGUCAGACAUUGACACAGCAUAUCAUUUAAGGACUGGAGAAAUUACUAAUAAGGAUAGCCAGCCAUUACCAGAAGAAAAGCCUGUUGUCCCAUUAAUGCUUGGUGUAAGUCAAGCUGCUGUGGUGUUACAGCAGCCUUUGAAUAAACCGUUCUGCAAUGAAAAUGACAAAGAAAAGCAAGACGUCCAAACUGUGAAGUCACUGACAGUAGUAGCGCCCUCUUCAUGUACUAUGCCUCCAAAUUCUGAAGGUAUUGAUUUAUCUUCAGUACACAAACGGCUAAAGCAACAAGAACCUCAAUCAGUAACUUAUGGAGGAAAUGUUAUGGAGGAGAUAAUUGUCAAGUGCCAGCCCUGUCAACCUAAUUCCUUGAAUUCCGAUGGAACUUUCUUACAGUCGGAUAGUGUACACGUUGUUAAACCUACAGAAAAAGGUAAAAAUGAACAAAUAGAUGGAAGGAAGUUACCUGAACCUGAGGUUAAAAUUCGGCGGAAAGUUGGUCGUCCGCCAAAGAACAAACCACAAAAUGCAAAAACGCAGCUUGUGCAAAGUGUUGAUUGCCGUCAAGAUUUUGAGCCUGCACAAUUUAAAAAUGUUACCCAGGGCACUUUUGACAAAUCUAAAAAGAAUAUAAAAAAUUCCUUUCCCCUUAAUGCUGUUAAAGAGAAGGCUGUUCUAAAGCAAAAGACAAGUAAAAUUUGUGCAAACACUUUGAAUGAGGAAGAUGCUUCUCAUACUCCGUCCUCUAGCACCCUUGUUCAAACAGAAUUUCCUUCUUUAAUUUCCACAAGCAAAAGACAGAAAAAGAAGGUUGGGCGACAGAAAAAACGUAUAAAUACUAUGAUAGAGACAAUAGAUCCAACACCUCACAUUGGUACUUCUGUUAAAAAGUCAGCAAAGUCUCCCCGUGCAUUAACUGACAAAAGGUCAUUAGGAAAUGCAAGUCUUUGUAUCAGGAAGCAGAAGAGGAGUGGUAGGGGACAACAAGUGGAAAGUUCUGUUUCUGAAGUUAUAGUUGAACAACAACCUGGGAAGAAAGUAAGUGAAAAAAACUCAGUGUACAAAACAAAGGUCCAUUCUUCAAGAGGUGCAGGUGCGAUACAAGGAAAAGAUCAAAUGGAAAGUACUCAAGUUUUUUGUGGUCUCCCAAACACUGCAUCUCACCCAAAUGGACUUUUAUCCCAGAAGCAGCUAAAAUGUGGUCGCCACAAAACCAUGCCAACAGAGUCAGAAAAAAGGAAGAGGACGGUUCAAGCAUUAUCAGCAUCGCCAAGAAACUUUGAGCAAGAAAGCCACAUUACAUCCAAAAAAUGUGACAUUGCUCAUUUGAAUAAAUUAAAACAAGGAAAAGAAUUAUUUUCCAAAGUGUUUUCAGACAGACAGAGUAUAGACACUGGGAUUCCAGAUGCAGGAAACAGUCUUGCAGUUUCAAAAGAUUUUCAAGUGUUGAAUAAAUUCACGAGUUUAGACAGACAAAGAAAUACAAAGGAGACUCUGAAAGUAGUGAAAAAAGAAAGGAUAGUGGUUGAAGAGCCAGGGCAAACAGGUGAAGUUCUUGUUGGGCUAAAGUCCAGCAGCUCUGCUUUAAAAUUGAAACGUAAAAGUAGUAGACCAUACAAAAAGAAAACGUUGAUUAAAAUGGCAAAACAGGUGGUACUUGCACAACAAGGGAGGAAAAGUUCCAUGGAAACAGAUCUCAUUGCUGAUCCUGAGACUUAUAAUGUCUCUCAGCACAUUGCUCCCCAUCGUACCAGAAAAAGUAAAGUUAAGAAAGAAAAGAAAGAUGAAUUGUGUCAAGAUACCCACUUGAGAAGAUAUACCCGAGCAUGUAAGUUAACUUCAGAUGGCACAGUUAAGAAACGAAAAGUUCAUUGUAAAGGCAGUAAAUCUGUUUGGUCACCUUCCUCAAGUCUUCCUGAUUCUCUUCUGAUUUCAGAAAAUGCACUUCAUGCAUCUGCAGUACUUUCCCCAAACCCAGAAUUAAAGCAUGUUCUCUGCAACAAUGAAUCACCAAAACCUCUGAAGAAAAAAAGAAAUUAUCAGCAAUUGAAUAUCAUAGUUGAAGAAAGUCAACAACCAGUGUUGUCCAGUUUUUCCAAGGUGCAGAAUCCUGAUUUUAUCCCAGAGACUGUGCCACAGCUUUCACAAGAAACAUUGACAGGACAUGAUUCAGUUCUCUCCUUUGGAAAGACCCCUCGGAAACCUUGGAGUAAGCAAAGGAAAGCAAGAAAAAUGGCAGACGAACAGUUAGAAAGCACCAGCAGUAUCUGUGAGAACACUGUGGUACCAAACAAAUUAUUUCUAAUGUCUGAGUACAUGCCAGAUGUUGCUGGGAAAGAGGUGAGUUCAAACAUUGUUCAAACUGCUGGAAAUAUAUUGGAAAUAAACAAAUAUGGACAGAAAGCUGGCAUUUCUCAGAAAAAGGAGUGUGUCAGUACAUUGCAAUCUAUCAACAGUAUGUCUGAUUCGUGUCAUAGUACUCCCAGCAAGUAUCUACCAACACCUCAGGAUGCAUCAAUGUCUGUUAGUACUGUUAGUGGUAAAGUGCCUCGGAAACGGGGAAGGCCACGCAAGACAAUUCUGACUCAAGAGUUAAAAAAAGAAAUUGAUCCCAUAUAUUCAGUUGAAGAUCAGAAAUGCUCUGUGUCUGAAGCAUGGCAUCCCACAUCUUUAGAGAUGGUGGGUUCAUCUUUGAAUAUUUCAUCAGCAGCUGAAAUGAAAAAAACAUAUAAAGUAGACCGGCGGAAAAAAAAGUUCAGAAACCAGAAAGCACUUGAAGGUGUGAGAGAGGCAGCUGUUGAAACUUCUAAAACAGAUACACAGUUGCAGAUACAGGAGUAUAUAGCUCCCCAUUCUGAGCAACCAAAACUGGAGGCAGUUUCUCUGAAAAAUUUCUCGGAAGAGCCACAAUUACCUGGAAAUGCCUGGCCAGUUAAAUCAUUGUGUAUUGCUGAUACUGGAAAAAUUUCAUCUGUCCAACAGUCGGUGGAAGUCAGUAGUACAGACCGGUUUACAAAAUGGACAAGGAAAGGAGUAGGCUCCAGGAAGAGACGCAGGAGGAAAAGGUCAUGGUGGGAUGAUCGUGGUAAAACCAAGGGUGAGCUGUUGGAAAAGAAGCUACAAAGUACACCAGAUGUUUCUCUACAGUCUUACGAAAAUCAGGCAGAAAUUGAAAGAGUGAAGAAAUCUCCUACAAUCAGUAAAACAGAAACUGAGCAACCAGAUGAAUCAGGUUGUGUGAAACAUCCUGCAUCACAAACAGCUGCUGAAGCUGUAACGCAGUGCCAGUUGUUGACUCAGGAAUGUGAACGUGCUGGAGAAAUUUUAGCAGCAGAAUCUUCUGGUGUAAGGAAACUUCUUAAAAUUCUCUCUCUUGGUGAGAACAAUUGUGAAGAGCAAGGCAACUCGGAGAAGUCUACAGAGAAACCACUUAUUAAUAACACUAAGACAGAUAGUCUAACUCAAGUUUGCAUUUUGGAGAAUGAUAAAGGAUCGUCCUUGAAAAUCAUGAAUUCAGAAAGGAUGGAAGAGUCAUGCAAAACAAUAACUAAUAAGAGUUCAGAAGAUUUGAAUGAGAAGACUUACUCAGACUCACAAGAGGAAACUGAGAUGUCAAAAUCUCUAGUUCCAAGUGCAAGGGAAGUGGAAGCAUUAGAACUAACAGCAGAGGAUUUUAGACAGAAACUUGAGGUUCCUAGAAGGGGUAAGAUGAAAAGCUUGGUGAAAGGAAUAGAACAAAAAAGAGAUGCUAUAAAGUUGUCUGAGCAGAAACACCACUCUGACACCGUUGCUGUUGACCUUUCAAAGGCUAUUGAGUCUGAAAUCCCAGGUGAAGCAGAGACACAUUCCCCUGAAGCUGUUGUGGAAAAUAAUAUUUUGCCUGAAGUCCCAUCACAUUCUCCUGAUGAAAUGGUAAAGAACAGAGAUCUUUUUUCACAGUCCUUAUUUUCCAAACAAGUCCUAAAUGAAAAAGCAAGGAAAGAUAAUGUGGAAGGGGUUGAACAGUGUGUGCAAGAAACGGAAAGAAGCAGCACAGAUGAAAACUCUAUAAAAAGUGCAACUGAGAUUUCUGUAACUGAGUCUUCAAAGCCUCGUGGCCCAGGACGCCCACCUAGAUGUCAAGAAAAGAAACCUAUAGAAUGCAGUUACUGUGGACGCACUUUUCAUCAUAUCUCUUCCUACAUUAUACAUCGCCGCAUCCAUACAGGUGAGAAACCUUAUAGUUGUCAGGAUUGUGGUAAGACUUUUGCUCAACGCUCAAAUCUCAAUACACACAGGAAGGUGCAUAGGCAGCCAGAACAGCUGCAGUGUCCAUACUGCAGUAGUAGGUUCUCAGAAAGGGAUAGACUUCUGGAGCACUGCCGUGUACAUAACCAUGACUCAAACCUUUCAAGUUUAAGUGGGAGACUGAGGAAUGAAAGAUUAAAUGUAGAGGUACAUACUAAAAGUAGUACCGAUGGAUGCUCCGUUGCGCCCAAGGAUGGCAAACCUCAUGAAUGUGAAGUCUGCGGUAAAGGAUUUCGCUUUAUUUCAAUGUUGAAGAUCCAUUUACGUGUUCACAGUGGAGAGAAACCUUAUUCUUGUAAAGUCUGUGGCAAGGCUUUCAGUCAGGCUUGCAGUGUUCGUGUUCAUGAGAAAAUACACUGGUCAGUCAAGCCUUAUGUUUGCAAUGUGUGUGGUAAAGGAUUUGCCCAACUUGGAACUCUGAAAACUCACCUUUGUACACACAUGACUGAAGACCAAGUACAAGAGGCAGAAAAGAAGGCAGUGUCUCCAAUAACCUUUCAAUGUCACAUCUGUAAAAAAAGCUUUGGUCUUCGACAUCAAUACAACCUCCAUAUUCGAACUCAUGGAGAUUUUCAAACUUAUACCUGUGAUAUCUGUGGCCAGAAAUACACCCAGGUUUCUGACCUCAAUAUUCACCGCCAAACCUGCCUGAACUACAGUGGAGAUGGGGUAUCAUCCGUAGAAACGACAACACAGCUGGCUGAAGUCUCCUUUGGUUCACAGAAAUCUCAAAUUCAAGGUGAUAAGCAUUCUCCUUGCCAGUCCGUGCUGCAUUCACAGUCCAGAAGUUACCAGAAAUUUCAGUCGCACGCCUAUCCGCAACCACCGAAUGAAGGUUACCAGCAAACUCACCCUGGAGUGUUUAAGCAGUCAGCUCACUUUAAAGCACAAAGCUCUAAACCCAUUCAAAUGUUAACUUACUCUAAGUACAUAGAGUCCUCUGCUGUACAAACUUCUGAAAGUGACUUUAAAAAUUAUCCACAGCAUUACCCUCCAAGGCACCUCCUCUUUCAGUCACUUCGUGAACACCGUAAAUCUGACCCAAGGAAGUAUUUGUGCCCACGCUGUGGUCGACUUUUCCGACACUUGGGCAGACUUAGAGCCCAUAUGCUGACACAUGUUCGUGGGCACAGCUACACGUGUGGUCGCUGUGGCAAAACUCUGGAAAACUGGAACAAAUUCUGGAUACAUCAGCGAAUUCAUCGACAAAAACGAGGACGUUUCUUUUGUUCAGAGUGUGGUCAAGGAUUUCGUUUUGCUGGACUGUACAGGAAGCAUUUGCAGGAGCACACUGAGAAAAAACCUUAUCUAUGUCACCUCUGUCCUUAUACCUGUUCCUGUGAAGAAAAUUUGAAGGCCCAUCAAAAUGAGUGGCACGGAUCUUCUAAACCUUACACUUGUAGUAUAUGUCAGAAGGGUUUUUUCCAUCAGGAGAACUUGGAGCGACACCUUUUCAUUAACCACCGAGUUCAAUCAUACCAUUGUUCUUUCUGUAGUCUCUCAUUUUUUGACUCUAGUGAGUUGCAGCUCCACCUGAAGACUCAUGCAAAUGCAAACUUUCCUCUUACAUCACUGUCAUCACAACCCCUCUUGCUGCCUUAUCAGUGUGGGGGAUGUGAUGCAAGUUUCAAAACUCUAAACUUGUUGUUUCGGCAUCAGCUUUGCCAUUCCUCUCGAAGCACAAUGACCUGGCAAAGUGGGCAGAUUGUUGGCCAGGUCUCAAAUGCAUUUCACCCCCAGAAGGUUCCACAGCAUUAUAGACAUAACACAUCUACAGGUCUACCAUUUUUUCAACCUGAAAGUUCAUCAGCAAACAUCUCUCAAAACAAGAACAAGUACUUAUUUCCAUACCCAAACACAUGCAGUGUUUACACUGCUUCUUCAGCUUCAGCUCCCAUGAUCUCCUACUGUAAUAAAGAUUCAGCCCAUCAACAAGAUGGCUCUCACAUCAGGCACACUUCUCCACUUACAAAUUUAAAUAGCCAUUCUCAGCAUAGAGGAAACAAGAUAGGCCACCCACCCAGUCCCACCUCCCUGAUGGAUUGUAAAUGUCUACCUCAGACUUUUUCAUCUUCCUGCACUGUGCCUUUUUCUAAGCCUUGUUCUCUCCAUCUUCCUAAUCAGACUGGGAUAUUGAUGCAACCAUCCUCACAUGAACUUUCACAACAACAUUCCCAAGUCCCUACUGGUCUUCAGACUGACCAAACACAACUUGCUCAACCACCCCAUACCAGCAAUAAGUCAUCGACAUGUUUAGAUGGGUCCUCGUCAUUUUCUGUAAAUGAUGAAAGUGAAGAGGAAUUGGGACAGAGUUUUGAGUGUGCUGAAUGUGGAGAGCAAUUUGAUGAAGUUCCAGAAUUAUAUGACCAUUAUUUACAGCAUGCAAGGGGAGAGGUUUAAUGUUCUGAUUUAAGAUGUAACAAAAAUCACAGUAUCACUUUCAUUUUUAGUUUGUAAUAGAUAGACAUUUGCCUCUUUCAUUUCUGUUUAAACACUCUCAGCACAUGUAAGUAUUCCAUUUUAAUUGUAUUUGUAUAAAUAGUUUUAAUUACACAGAAUACCUCAAUCAGUGACAGGAAGGGUCAUACCUGGUGGACUUUACAAUCAAGACUGUACUAAUUAUAGGGCUGAAAAACAGAUUGUUAUUGGUCCCAAAUCCCAAAAUACUGCAGGUACUAGCCUUUUCCUUUUUUUGUUUUGAAUUUUUCCCUUUUACACAGUAAAUUCAGUGUAGUGUCUCUCCAUCACAUUGAAUGAAGGUGCUUUUUUUACAGGUGGUCCCUGCUAUAGUUUACUGCUAUGCAUCGUUUUGCAGAUACAUCACUCCUUGAGACCAUUUCAAAUUAUUAAACACUUCAGCAUUGCUAGACCUGAAGAUGAGCAUUUUAACUCAAACUUAGCUUGAGUUAGAAAUUAGAAAAAACAAGGCAUGUUUUAUUUUAAAACUGUUUCAUGGUUAUAAAAUGGGUUAAUGCAAGUAUACAAGUACAUGUCUUUAACUGUGCCAUACUGUUUUCUUCAGGAACGAAAGAUGUUCUCCAUCCCUGCUACAAUAAUCUACAUCCCACAUGCUAAAAAAAUUAGAUAAGGGUCUGAAGAUAAACUUAAUUUGUGUUUCUUACACUGUACAAUUCCUGCUUUGUCUGCCUCCAUGGAGCAUCAUUUUGCUCUCUUUUUUGUCCAACAUGCAUGCUGCUACUUUUUUGCUCUGUGUGGUUCCCCCCCCCCAUAACAUGUGCCUUUACACAGUGCCACUUAUUUUUAUACAUUUCCUGUUUUUUCCAUCCAAUGUCUGUUCAAAAGUUCGCCAUGCAGAAUCUAAAGCAUACCCAGGAAAUACAUGGAAAGCCAAACAGGCUUCCAUGCUUUUCAUUUGCUAUGUCAUAUUGGUUCACAUGUUUUCUAUCAUUCUUACAGGAAAACUGACCCUGCUUUAUGUGAUUUUGCUUUAGCUGGCACUUUCUGGAACAUAUUAGUUGUGUAGAGUGCUGACCAUCUGUAUUAACAGUAACUGGCAUUAAUACUUCGAGAUGUAAUUUUGACACCAUAUUAUGUAGUCCUUUGGGAUUUGAUAGAUUUGUUUGUAAAAAAAAAAAAAAACUUUUUGCGUAGCUGUGAAGAAACUUCCACAGGGAAGUUGAGAUGAUGCAAUUUUGUAUUCAUGAGCAUAAUUUAAACUGUGAAGAUACUUAAUUUUUUUUCCUUUUUUUUGGUGUGGAACAGUGCACUGUAAGAAUUGCAUUUAUUAUGUCUUGGAAGUCUCUCUCUGUGAAAUACAAACUGAAAAUGUUUCAGUUUUGAUGUGUCGUUUUUAAGAGCAUUGAAGGGAGACAAGUUUUGUAAUAUGUCACACAUCUUUUUUUGGUUUUUGUCUUUUAUUUAAUGAAACCUCCCACUUUAAGGCUUGUUACCUGUAUCAAAUCACAUUUUCUUCAGUUUCUUCUUUGAGAGUUAUGUUUCCCAAGAUCCAGUUAGUGGGAACUGUUUUAUUUAGUUUUGCUCACAUUAGCCCCAUUUUAGCUGGAUGUGUGAUUGCCUCCCUCUGAUCUUUAUUGUUUUGAAGUGUCUUGCCAAGCAGAAAAUAAACCAACAUCAGUUAAAUGGUCCCUACAAGUACUUUAAAAAUAUAUAAUUUCUUCUAUUCCUUGUACAUGUAACAAUAAGUCAAAGAAAUACGUUUG